CUCGAAUAAUUGUUUUCACUUUCACUACUAUUUCAAUUUUUUGUUUCUUCUUGUGUUGGUGAAUAUCCUGCACUAUAUUAUUCAAUCAUAGUGUGACAUCCCUCACUUGUACUACCCUAAAAAUAUCCCCAUUCCAUUCGAUUUUUGACGAAAAUAGUAUUAAUGGCAGAAUCAUUGCCAGUACGUUUCGGCAUAUUAGGCUGCGCUAACAUAGCGCGUAAAGUAUCACGCGCCAUCGCGCUUGCUCCAAACGCCCUUAUCUCCGCCAUCGGCAGCCGUAGCAUUGAAAAAGCAACUGCAUAUGCUAAGGAAAACGGGUAUCCGUCAACGACGAAGAUUUACGGGAGUUAUGAGGCCGUUCUGGAUGAUCCGGAAGUGGAUGCCGUCUACGUUCCUCUACCGACGAGCCUGCAUGUGAAGUGGGCUGUGUUGGCGGCGCAGAAGAAGAAGCACGUUUUAUUGGAGAAGCCGGUUGCGUUGAACGUGAAGGAGCUGGAUGUAAUACUGGAAGAGUGUGAAUCGAAUGGAGUGCAGUACAUGGAUGCUACUAUGUGGAUGCAUCAUCCUCGUACUGCUAAGAUGAAAGAGUUUCUCUCUGAUUCUCACCGUUUUGGACACCUCAAAUCGGUAAAUAGCACUGUUGCUUUUCGUGGUGACACGGAGUUUCUUAAGAAUAACAUUCGUGUAAAGGCUGAUCUUGAUGCUCUAGGUGCUCUAGGCGAUGCUGGUUGGUACAGUAUUCGCGCAAUCUUGUGGACUGCUGAUUAUGAAUUGCCCCAAACAGUGACAGCUCUGCGUGAUCCAGUAUUAAAUGAAGCUGGAGUUAUCCUGUCUUGUGGCGCUACUUUGAGUUGGAAAGACGGAAGGGUAGCAACUUUUAAUUGUUCGUUUGUAACCAAUAUGGCCAUGGAUAUCUUUGCUAGUGGAACAAAAGGAAAUCUGCGGGUCCAUGACUUUGUAAUUCCUUUUCUAGAAAAUGUUGCUCCAUUUUACACAGAGGAAGGUUCGAGUUUUGGUGAACUUGCUACAUCAAUUCAUCCUGCACCAAGUGAGCAACAAGUCAGGACAGAUCUUCCUCAAGAGGCUCUCAUGAUAAAGGAGUUCUCUAACCUGGUUGGAAGUAUCAAAGGGAAAGGCUGUAAACCUGAAAAGAAGUGGCCAACAAUUAGUAGAAAGACACAACUUGUGGUGGAUGCUGCCAAGGCGUCAAUUGAGAAAGGUUUCGAGCCUGUUGAGGUCAUUGAUUAGUUGGUGUUCAGCUACCAUUCCUAUGCUGGUGUAUCUGAAUGCUGUAUUCACUGUGUUGGCUUGGCUGUUGUAUUUCUGAAUAAAGGCCUUUUAUGUUGAUUUCUCUCAUUGUUGUAAAACUUGAAUCGAGUCUUUAGAAUGGUUAGUAACAUGUAUUGACCAUUGUUAGCACUAAUAGACUUGGUUUCCCAACUGAACUCUUCUUUGAGUUUCAACUUGGAUGAUUUACUAAUCUCUAGUUUCAUCUCAA